GGCGGUGGCUGCGGACGCGGCUCCCCGGGCGAGGCGGGGCCUCCUGCCCGCCCGCCCGCUAUGUGGCACGGGCCGAGGCGGCCGGCGAAGCGUGGAGAGCGGACGGAGGCAUCAGGAGUUGAAAUGACAUAGAAGAGUUCUCCAAACGCUGCCUGCAAAAUGAACUCGCUGAAAGGAGGUAAACUGAAACUUCAAGCAUGAUGAUCACCUCAUUGGCAAGUUACAGGAAAACCACAUACAAGGCAACUAAAUAAAGACUAUGGUAUGAGUGCUCUGUCAGAUAAACUGUCCAACAGAUGUAAAUAUUUGGAGGCUGUUACAUUAAUAUAAGUAUUGAACUCUGCUCUGUGUGUCCCUCUCAACUACCCCAACACUUCCGUGUAUGAAAUGUUUCAGAAGAAGGAGCUGAUAUGGCUUAUUUGUCACUGAAGUGAACUACACUGGUUAAAAAAGUCAAGGCCAUGUGUUUUUUUCAGAGAAUACCGUCUCUUCUUCCAGCCAUUUCUAGCUGGGUAGAAGGCAAAUAUUAACUAGGACCUGUGCAGUGAAUGUUUUGCAGUGGAGGGCUACAUGGGAAACCAGACUGCUUUAGAGUGAGAGGGAGCAGUAUGCAGAAUAGUCAGGAACUGAACAAAGACAAAACGGCUACAUGCAGACCUUAACCUGCAAGCUGUCAGAAGGAACAGUGGUUAAAUGUUUACCAGCUGUCUGACAGUAGGUGGGUUGGGAAGGGCUCUGAUGACAUCUUGCUGAGCAGCCACAUCUGAGAGGACAGCAGGACUUGGUUAAGAUUCAGAGGUUUUGUGGAAGCCGCUUGUGGGCCAUGAGGACAGUGAGUGUCUGUUCAGUCAUGUCUUUGUUGGAGAAAGCUGCAAAGAAGACCUGAAGUGUGAAGUGAAACUACAAUUCUUGAACACUUUGUUUUGUGUCUGACCACAGCAAUUCAUAUUAGCCACAGUUUCCACACACGUUUGACUUUAGUAGCAAAUUUAAGUGCCUGCUGGAUUACCCUGGAGUUAGUGUGCUUGUUCUCCUGCAAAGAACUGCCAUCUCAUCUCUUCUUAAAAGCUGUACUGCCUCAACUGUACAAGCACAGUUCAAAGAACAAAACCUCAUCUCUGCAACUGUGUCUCUUCUAAACAUGUGGAAAGGAGAAUAGCUUAAUCAGGAGUAAUGCAGAGGACGGAGGAUAGUGCAGCUUGAACACUUACCACAUUGAUGGAAAAAAAUUCUUCUUUGCAGCAAAAGAUGACAUCUAUAUUUUUGCUCAUUGGUAAUCUCAUUCCACUGAUACCUCUGUUCAGUGCUGAAGAAUGUGUUAUUUGUAAUUACUUUGUGCUUGUUGGAGAGCCUACAGCUAUUACUUGCCCAAUAAUUACACUGCCGAUGCUUCCGUCUGAUUACAAUCUGACAUGGUAUAAAAAUGGUAGUGCUACACCAGUAACCACAGAGAGAGAUGCCAGGAUUCAUCAGCGAGAGGGUUUGCUUUGGUUUAUCCCUGCAACGCUGGAAGAUUCUGGACUUUAUGAGUGUGUUGUAAGGAAACUUAACCAAUCCAACACAAAAACUAUAAAUUUAACAGUUUUUAAGAAUGAUAACAGUUUGUGCUUCAAUGGAAAAAUGAAGUUUGAACAAAAAGUGAUGACCACAAAUACUGGAAAGAUUAUAUGCCCAGACCUAGAACAUUUUAAAGAUGAAGAAAAUAAUCAGCCUGAAAUACACUGGUAUAAGGAGUGUAAAACUGGAUUUCUUGAAGACAAGCGACUUAUUUUGUCAGAGUUUGAUAAUGCUGUCUUGAUUUACAACCCAACUGUACAAGACAGAGGAAACUACACGUGCCGCAUGGUAUACACAUAUAUGGGAAAACAAUACAACGUUUCACGAACCAUAAGUCUAGAGGUUAAAGAACGAUCACCGCAGUUGAAACCAGAGUUUAUUUAUCCAAAUAACAACACAAUUGAAGUAGAACUUGGUUCUCGUGUAGUUAUGGAAUGUAACAUAUCAAGUGGCAUAAAUGGCUUGAUUCCAUUCUGGCAAGUUAAUGAUGAGGAUGUUGAUAGCUUUGAUAGCACCUACAGGGAACAGUUUUAUGAAGAGAAGAUGCCUCAUGGAGUUGCUCUAUCUGGAACAAAAUUUACCAUUUCAAAGGUGGAAGUAAAGGAUUAUGCUCAUAAAUUUUUCUGUCACGUCAUAUAUGGUUCUCGACAAUUUACAGCCUACAUCAAACUGGAAUACCCAAUUCGGAACGUUCAGGGUUACUUAAUUGGAGGAGGAGUUUCUUUAACAUUUUUAGUAUUUUUCACAUUAUUUAUCUACAAGGUCUUCAAAAUUGAUAUUGUUCUUUGGUAUCGGGACUCCUGCCAUCCUUUCCUGGGUGAAAAAGUUUCAGAUGGGAAGCUCUACGAUGCUUACAUUCUGUACCCAAGGAACAGAGAGAGCUGUUUGUAUUCAUCAGAUAUUUUUGCUCUGAAGAUACUGCCAGAGGUCUUAGAAAGACAGUGUGGAUAUAGCCUGUUCAUAUUUGGGAGGGAUGAUUUACCAGGAGAAGCUGUGAUCAGCGUUGCUGAUGAAAAAAUCCGUCAAAGUAGAAGAGUGAUAAUUGUUUUAGUACCAGAACCCUCCUGUUACAGUGUUAUUGAAGAUGUGUCUGAAAAGCAGCUAGCCCUAUAUAAUGCUCUUAUCCAAGAAGGCAUUAAAGUAAUUCUCAUUGAACUUGAAAAAAUCCGAGAUUAUGCGGACAUGCCAGAAGCCAUCAAAUAUAUUAGGCAAAAGCACGGGGCUAUCCGAUGGAAAGGGGACUUCUCAGAAAGGUCUCACUCAGCAAAUACCAGAUUCUGGAAGAAAGUGCGUUACCACAUGCCAUCCAGAAAAAACGCACCUUCAUCAGGAUUGCAUUUGUUACCGAGAGACUUUAAUUCUCCCUAAAUGACAACAGAAGAGUGAUACAUAUUGACCAAUCUAGUUCACAUGGUUGGUGAUGGAUGGAUUGAAGGUCACAUGUAUCUGUGUUGUGCAGACAAUUUCAUGUGAAUUUUCUGGAUUGAAGGUACUACAGCUUUGUCUACAGACGUGAAUCAUUCUUUCUUCUGGACAGAUCAACAGAACACCUUGUAAUGUUGUCAGUAGCACAGUGGUGACGUGGAAAACUUGUAGGAAGGUACAUGAGGCCUUUUCCAAGAAUUGCACUGUGGAAUUCUUUUGGUAUUAAAAAUGGAAGGGGAAAAAAAACUAUCAAAAACCCAGAAAACUUGUUUUUCUGCAAUUAAUGGUCGAAUAUGAAGGGAACUAUAUUAAUUAUAAUUGUGAUAUUGUGUAAUGGGUGUGGCUGAUUCCAGUAAAUGUUUUUGUUUCAAUUUUUUUUUAAUGAAAUGACAUAAAACCUUUAUUUGUUACAAGUUUGUUAUUUGCUCAGAGAUAAAUCCCUCCGUGUUACUGUAUCAGUAUGGCGUUGUCCAAGAGAAAAGCUAAGGACCAUCCCAGCCCCCCAAAAGUGCUAUUGAACCUGACAAAGGAUAAAUAUACUUCAUUCAUCUUUUUUUUUUUUUUUUUAGAUUUUAAAGAACUGUGCCAUUUUUAGUGAACUGUCCCAUGCAGAUAUUGUAAAAAUUCCAUUGUAAUGCUGUACUGACUCAAAAAAAAAAAAUCUCCAGAGGAUUUUUUUUCUAGUUAGGUGGUUUAAUACAUUUGUCCUUAUUACCCAAGUGGAACAAUUAGUUAAUGACACAAACACUCUCAUGGGGAGUACAGGAUGGUUGGCUUCAUCUGCCUCAACCUUAAGGACCAGAUCAAGGAGCUUCAGUGCACCCACUUCUCAUGGGUUGUUGUUGCUGAAGGAGAGCAAGUCUUUCUUCUUCUUCCCAGCCAGGGUGUUCACUCUUGCAUUUGUCAGCUCUGAAACUUGAGCCUGAGUCAACAGACUUAAGUGACAGAAAUUGUUAUUUUCCUGAGAAUAAUUUUCUCUUAGUUUAGUGCGGUUAUCUGGUUCCCAGAUGGUUCAGAGUGCAACGGGAGAAGAAAAGCAGUAGCUGGGCCAUGCUUUUUUUCUCCGGGUAUGUUUAGAAAACAGAGCUAAAAUAGGAUUGUUGCCCCUUACUCCUUAAAGUGAGAGAUGCCCCGAGUUACCCUCUGCAGCUUCUUGCUUUUCUCAUUUCCCCUGAUGAUGUAAGGAAUUUGAGGUGACUGUCUACCUGAGUUGGUUGGGGCUAGAUGAAUUGAGGCUGCAGUUGCAGCUUCCAUACAGCUGUUUGGGAGAGAAGGUUGUUAAAAGCUACUGUGCAGAUAGAAUCUUUCCUCUCUCUUCCCCACCCACUGUUUUCCAUGGUACAAUUUUGUUAACUCUGAAGUUACGUUUGACUUGUGAAUUGGCAGUGGUGUAGUUUAUAAUGCUAGAUUAUUUUUUGGGGGGAGAGAAUAGUCAAGACAGAAGUGUCAAGGGAGGGACAGUUUGGGCUGUGAAGUGCCACAUUCACUGAGCUAUUGCACACCAUCAGCUUGUAAAUGCACUGUGUGUUUGGUAACAGCCUGUUGUAAUGUAAAAGAGCCUAGAGACCCACCUGAAGUUACUGACACCCAUCUGAGCAAGGCUAAAUGUUAUGUUUCACAUCAACAGAAGAAUUUAGUGGGACAAAAGCUGUACGGUUUGAUCACAGAACUCUUCUGUAAGAAGAUCCCUAAAUCAAAUGUGAAGACUAGACACCGGCACUACGGUGUUUGUACUCUGAGGACUAGGGUGUAAUACUGACUUUGCACUUGCAGUGUGCAGGCCAGCCAACAGAGUUCCAGCAAUUUCAGGCCUCCUGAGUUAUUUUUUUUGCUGACUGGAAUAGAUUGUAUGAAAAACUGCUACUUGUUAUCCCUACCUUUGGUGGAAAGUUAUUUUACUGAGCCAAAAUACUGUUUUUAAAAAAUAUUUGUUCCUUUUGAUAUAUUUAUACAACUGAUGCUAAAGUUUUCAUGUGUUUUUUGUAAAGACACUUUGAAGAAAUGUCCAUUUUUUAAUUCAAUAAAGCACUACAGUUUUUUUUCUUAC